CGCAAAAGGAGGAAGGGAAAGGGGAAGGAAUGGGAUUUGCCACGUAGUUGAGAAAUGGCAACAGGUCGGCGCUCCUCAUUUGGCUCCAACCACGUGGGAGAAGACGACGAGCUGAAUUGGGCGGAGGCUCAGGGUCGCCGGGCGACAGACGAAGGCGCACCUGUUCCAGCAACAGGACUACAUGCACUUGGCGGGAGGCAAGAGACCGACGAGCGACCUCACCGCUCUGACGUGCCACUACACUCGCCUGGCCCUCCCGGCCUACAUGUGUCGCCCGAGAUGAUGAGUAUCGCCCAGGAGGCAUUCCUUCUGGCGACAAUCAGGCAACGUCAACAUCAUCCUACCAGUGGGGAUGGGCCCCUGUCCUUCAAGUGAGCAGAAAGACGUGUAGGUCAGUCAGUCAGUCCUGUGUGUGUGUGGAUGAUGGAUGCAUUGCAUUCUUCCAUCUCCUUCUUGUAUGUAUCUUGUCCCCCCUUGUGUUGCGUGUGCAGGGACAUCCGUUUGACCACGUCGUCCGUCGUGCAUGGCCUCCCUCUAGCGGAGCGGCUGCUGCACGACAACUUUCCUGCGGAGGCAUUCGCCCCCUUCCAUCCGCCACGGGGGGGCACCAAGCGCCGCGUGGAUGGCACGAAGGCCGGUGCUGGGUGCGCGAAGGAGAGGUCCGUCGCGGCGUCCUCUAGUAGUGCAGCAGCAGCUGCUGCUGCUGCUGCUGGUAGUGGCGAUGGUGUGGUGGCGGAGAGCGCCGCUGGAAGUGUUGUCAAGACAGGGGAGGGGGCAACGGGCAAGGGGAAGGGGAAGGAUGGAGAAGAGGGAGGGCAUCAGGUACGAAAGAGAGAAAUCGCCCGCAGCUUAUUGCGGGUGCCGCACAGCGCAUGCGGACUGUGUCCAUGUCUGGGUGUGGUGUGUCUGUCUGUGUGGUCGGUUCCCUCGUCAGGUGUGUCCGAUAUGCCAGGAGGAGUUGGUGUUGCUGCAGCAGCUGAGAAGAGUCGACGAAUGUGGCCACUGUGUAAGUGAAGUGAAGUCACUCCUCCAUCCCACAUACGCUCACAACACAGACAUCUGUCUGUCUGUCUGCUGGUGACAUUUUGUGUCAGUUCCACGCGUGGUGUCUAGACGAGUGGCUCGAGAAGAACUCCACCUGCCCCAUGUGCAGGCUUAACCUGCACGACUCUGCCCGUCGUCUUCGUGCCAUGCUGCCGCCCCCGGAGCCCUCAUCUCCCGGUGGCGAGUCGGACGCCACUCUGCCCGACAGGGACCCCCCCUUCGGCUUCCGUCCUCUGCCGGGUUUCGGCAUCCCGCACUCUCACCAUCACAGCUUCGUCUUCAUCGAGGCACCUCUUGUCCAGAGGCAAGUCCAGCCGGCCACGCAGCCGCCGUCAGGGCAGACACCACCCACCCCGCCCCCUCCCGCCCCUCUGCAAACUCGCCAGCACCAGCCUGAGCGGCCGACGGGGACGUUGGCAAGCUUGCGCUCGAGGGCGAUGCGUGCCAUUCGGUCGCUCGUGCCGUCUGCUGGUGGCCGUCGUGGUGGUGGUGGUGGUCGGAGAGAGGCGCAAGGGGAGAGGGACACGGAGAGGGAGAGCGGUGACUGGAGGAGGGUGGUGCGGCGCCGUGUCGAUCAGGGCCAGCAUGAGGAGGGAGGGGGGAGUGGGGUUGAGGGGGGCGGCCGUGUUGGCCGCGGCAGGUGGCUUGUGGUAGAACAGGCACCUGUUUCACAUGUGCAAGAGAGGGUCAGUGAGGGAUGUGAUGCACAGGGGCCGGGCCACCAGCACAGCACCAGCGAAAGAAGAAUCAAUCGGACGUGUGUCGCUUGUUUAUUUCAGGAGCGUCCUGUCGUUUCUUCUGACGUCUUUCCCUCGGUGAUUCCGCCAAGCCUGUACCCAGCGGGUGAUGCUGGAGGUGGCAGUCGUGGCGAUGCGGACGCGCCGGCCCACCCCAUGACCCCCCCGCCCGCCUACACUGCCGACGAGGCCGAGCCCCAAGACCCCUCGCAUGACGAGCUCCUCCAUCCACAGUGGCUGCAAGCACCCCAUCCCCCGGCUGCCCCAGUCCUGGGCGCUCACCCACCACCACCAAGGGCAAUGGCAGCCGCAGCUGCUGCAGCCGCCUCGUCCGGGCCUAGCUCGUCUCAGACAGGACAGGCGCUGGACAUCUAUUACGACACGCCGACGCCGCUGCAGCCACGCUAUGCGGUGAGUGAGUCGUGUGAGUGGGGGAGGGGCAACACACACGCCACGCGGGUGGUCUGCGCAGUCACCGGCUCAUCCAUCGGUUAAACGGUCUGGGUGCUGUGUGCAGCACUCGAUGCAGGCCAUGCACGCCUCGAUGGAUGACAUCCAUAGCGGCGGGCCACACGACGAUGACCACCAAGACGCAGGCGGCUGGACGGACACAUAGAUAGGGACUCACUCGUGGCAUGGUCGAUGCGAUCGAUGUGUAGCAGGCAGAGGUACCCGGGGGCCCACCCACCCAUGGGCUUUUCUUUUCG